AACUCCCGACGUACCUAAAAAGGACGGCUAAAGAGAAAAGUCAAAAGAAAAGUAAAAACGAAGACUGCGAAAACUUUCCUUUUAUUCAACUACACCCAAGAACGACAAAAGUAGACAAUUAACAGAAUAAAAACUGGUAAAACCGAUAAACUACACGAGCGGAGAGUAAAUUCAUCAAAGUUUUACAGCAAAAGAAUAAAUUCAAUAACACAAACAACUUGCCAAGAUUUAUACGUUUAUUCCGGCAGUGGUGGUACAGCGAAUAGCAAUCAGUCGCGGAACGCAACGAGCUGACUACAAAAACAACAACAGCGAAGACACACAUCGACCGCAGGAACAGUGUGGCAGCAAUAGUAAACCGCAGUGCAGUCUCAUAGUCAUAGUUCAAAUACAGUUUGUGUGGAACACAGACGUUAACGCCAUUCAAAGCAGUCUGGUGUGACAGUACGAAAAUAGUAGGUGUGUGUGGUAAACCGGGUGUGUGAUAUCUGCCGAGUAAAGUGCCAACGUAAUGCCCUUGUUUGGAAAAUCACAAAAGACCCCCGCUGAACUGGUGCGGUCGCUUAAGGAAGCAAUCAAUGCGCUGGAAACGGGUGGUGAUCGAAAAGCAGAGAAGGCGCAGGAGGAUGUAAGCAAAAAUCUUGUAUCGAUCAAGAAUAUGCUUUAUGGCAGCAGUGAUUCAGAGCCACCAGCUGAUUAUGUAGUAGCACAAUUGUCGCAAGAGCUUUACAAUAGUAAUCUUUUGUUGUUGUUAAUACAGAAUCUACACCGUAUUGACUUUGAAGGCAAGAAGCAUGUGGCACUUAUAUUUAAUAAUGUGCUGCGAAGACAAAUCGGCACACGUUCACCCACAGUGGAAUAUAUUUGUACCAAACCGGAAAUAUUGUUUACAUUGAUGGCCGGCUAUGAAGAUGCGCAUCCAGAAAUUGCAUUAAAUUCUGGCACAAUGCUGCGUGAGUGUGCUCGAUAUGAGGCACUUGCUAAAAUAAUGCUGCACUCGGAUGAGUUCUUCAAGUUCUUCCGCUAUGUAGAGGUAUCAACCUUCGAUAUUGCGUCAGAUGCAUUCUCCACAUUCAAAGAAUUGCUGACACGUCACAAAUUGCUGUGCGCUGAAUUCCUCGAGGCCAACUAUGACAGGUUUUUUACGCAACAUUAUCAAAGGUUGUUAAAUUCAGAGAAUUAUGUCACCAGACGACAAAGUCUGAAAUUAUUAGGUGAACUAUUACUGGAUCGACACAAUUUUACUGUAAUGACACGUUAUAUUUCGGAGCCGGAAAAUCUGAAACUUAUGAUGAAUAUGUUAAAAGAAAAGUCUCGUAAUAUACAAUUUGAGGCCUUCCACGUCUUCAAGGUGUUUGUAGCAAAUCCGAAUAAGCCGAAACCUAUAUUAGACAUCUUACUACGCAACCAAUCUAAGUUGGUUGACUUCCUGACCAAUUUCCAUACGGAUCGUUCGGAAGAUGAGCAAUUCAACGAUGAAAAAGCAUAUCUGAUUAAACAGAUAAAGGAGCUGAAACCGCUACCUGAGGCUUAGUAGCAUAGCAGCCAACACAGACGUAUCGACAACCAAUAUAUGUACAGCAACAAGAAAAACAUCUACAACAAAAUUUCCAAAAUCUUCAGCGAACCCAAAGCUACAAUCUAUCACCUAAAUCACCAUUUUCGGUGCUACCAACUCCAUUCAUUAAUUUUGCCAAGUUCAAGGGCUCGGCAGGUCCUGUUAGCCAGUUUUUAAAUUCGGAUAAGCGAGUGUGUUAACUUUCUAUGGUAGAUGACCAUGUAUAUGUAUUCAAUCGAUCUGUGCGCUGUUUGGUUACGAUUGUAUAGCAGCAUUAGUGUAUUUUAAUUUAAAGAAAAGUAAUUAUAUUAGUCAACACUAUAAACGUAUAUGCCACGCUACAGAAGUAGAAAGAAGUUAAGAAAAUUAAAAAAAAAAAAUAUCGAAAGCUAAUUACAAAAUCUUGCAAAUAUUUUUAUACAUUCAUUUAUUUAAAAAAGAAAUUAUUAACCAAUAUCGUCAAAUGCUAAAGUAAUAACUCAUCAGGCCACAGCAUUUGGGUACGAUAAAAAGCCAAUUUAGGAAAGUGUUAAGGGUGGAACUGUAAGAAUUUUUAGAUAAGAUAUUUCCAACACGCUGCGACGAUCGUAUAUCUACUGUCUUGCCUUUAAAAAAUAAUUGAGCAUAAUGAAUAUCUGAUUUUCGGUAAAUUGAAAAAAUUGAAAAGGCGAUAGUUUGCAGAGUUUGAAAAUUUGGGCUUCUUAGAAAUAGAGAUCGAGGGCAAGCAGACUAAAUAUAAAAAAAAAAAUAAAAUUACUAAAUAGGAUAAUGAUAAUAAAGAAAAACAAUACGACUUACAUACAUAAAUAUGUGAAGGCAACUUUAUAUUGCGGCUUACGAUUGACUCUUCUGUUUUUGUUCUUUGUCGUUAUUUUGUAUGUUUGUUCAUUUUACUAUGUUUAGGAAUGCAAUUCAAAUAAAUCUAGUUAUAAACUGCGAAAAAA